GUCUAUUUCACCCAUAUAUCGAGAAAAGGUAGUCUGCGGCCAAGCAGACAGACAGACAGACAGACAGACAGAUGUGGCCUCACUGCCAUCCAUCCAUCCAUCCAUCCCUGCUUUGCGUGCAGCUCACACCGACGUGUCACUACUGAGGUCCCUCCCUCCCUCCCAGACACAGCAUCUUCUCGUGCAUUGCAGCCAAGCACAGACAGUCAGCAAUGAUGCGGCUAUCUGUCUCCCCGGCUACUCCUCCUCCUGUUCCUCCUCUCCGUCGUCUUCCUGCACGGCCGGGAGGGCCGGUACGGGGUCCUCGGGCGGCUCGUACUCGGGCUUCUCACCAGCCAAUCGCUUGCUGCACACAUACACAAUACAGAGCAGCCACGGAGGUCAUUUACAGACACAUGGCCGGUAGGUACCUCGUGUCUGCCUCGUUGUGUGUAUGUGUAUACGUCACCUGCGUCGCACAGCGCUGCCCUGGUUCGACAAACCCACAUCGUCUGGAGAACACACAACACAUCACACCGCAGGAUAGACACCACACCACACCAUCGACAUGUCCUCAGCUGACUGUUUUGUUGCGGUGUGCACAGGUGUGGUGUGGUGUGGUGACUGACUAUAGGGUUUGGCCUUUGGGUGCGCUGCUUUGGGCUGAGCAUUUGCCGAUGGAUGGAGAACGGGCCGCAGGUCUGCCGGCCGAUUCGCACCAACGCCAAUCCCAACACCAACAUUACCUCUACCCCCUGCACACACAAAUCGAUGGCAGGGAAGAAAGCGAAUGAUUUCUUCUCUCUCUGUCUGUGGGUCGACUGACCUCGGUUCUGUCCGCCCCCCGCCCCACCCCGUCCAGCACCGCUCCCACCUGUUGCCAUGACAGUAGACAACACGCCUUAUGUGUGCUGGGUGGGCGAUGUGGAUGGGGGGAGGGAUGGGGAGAGGUCAAGGUAGCUUACCUGACGAGUGCAGGGCGUUUGCGCGCGGGUCUUUGUUUCGGUCAAGUGGCUUGAACUUCACGGGCCCCUGCUGCAGUCUGCCGAUGCCGCCGAUGCCGCCCAUGGCGCCGCCCAUGCCCAGCGGUGGCGGGCCAGGGUUGACGUCAGGCUGCCCGCGUGCAGGGGGGAUGUAGCUACUGCUGUUGUAGUUGUAGUUGGCCUGGCCCAUCAUCUGGCUGCUGGACGACGUGGGAAACCUGUGGGGGUUCGGCACGAAUCCGUCGUCGUUGGGGUUCUCGCCACCUGACCGAUGGAUGGAUGGAUGGAAUGGAUGGACACACAGACACACACAGAGAGAGGUGUGUGGUGGGGUGGUGAAUGGUGUGGGGGGUAUGGUGUGUUGGUGUGUUGGUAACCUCGUUUGCGUCUGGGCAGAUCGCUGUCUUUGACGCCGGGCGGCUUAAGCUGGGGGAACCUGGCGAAGAAGGCGCUGAGCUGGUUGUUGGUGCUGUUUUUGUUGUCUUACGACUUCUUCGUGUCCUUGCCGCCUUCCUGCUUGGCCUUGGCAUUGCCCUGAGACACACACACACGCACACACACAGAGAGAGGAGAGGAGAGAUUGCACAGCCAGAAUGCGCUGCGUGUGUGUGUGUUUUCUCCGGAGAUCUCCACCUACCCUGACCUGGAUAUUUUCUUGUCGAGUCCGAAGUGCCAUGCGACGAAGAGGAUGCAAAGGACGGCCAGGAAAGCGAGAAAAGCUGAUACACAGACACACAGACACACAGACACAGACAGACAGACAGACAGAUAGACAGACUUUGUGUGCGUGUGGGUGGGCAGCUGCAUACGGUGUGGCUGACCCUGACACACGAGGAACGGGAUGUUGGGCGCCUCCACUAUCAUCGUCACGAACCCAAACAAACUGCACAACAGAUACACAGAGAGAGAAGGUGACGACAUGCCCAUCCCCAUGUAAGAUGGGGCUGAGCUCGACUACUGUGGGUGGCGUGCGUGCGGACCGAACCCCUCGAACGUGUGCAGUGUGUGGUCGGCUUUGUUGAGUAUGAUGCCGAUGGGGUUGAUCAUGACCAUGCCCAGCAGCGACGUUAUGAGCAUCAGCAGACCGCCUGUGGGUGGCCACACACACACGUACGUACGUACGUACGUACGUACGUGGGAAAGGCCAUGGAUGGAUGGAUGGAUGGACUCCCUGCACUAGACCACUGACUGACCGACGAAGCAGAAGAUGCGCAGGGCACGCGGACCUGAAUGAAUGAAUCACAGACACACACAGGGACACAACCACAAUCAACCACCAACGACGAGUAGAGCGAGAGAAAGAACCCACCCCAAACACACACACACACAACAACACACACCACGCGCUCCUUGCCGGGCCCGUGUCCGACUGACCUCGGUUCUGUCCGCCCCCCGCCCCACCCCAUCCUUGCCCACUGCGAUUCGGUGCCGCCCAGCGGGCGCUGUGCUCGCCACCUGACCGAUGGAUGGAGGGAUGGAAUGGAUGGACACACACAGACACACACAGAGAGGAGAGGUGUGUGGUGGGGUGGGGUGCGGUGUGGGGGGUGUGGUGUGUUGGUGUGUUGGCAACCUCGUUCGAACAGAGCGCUGUCUUUGUCGUCGCACGGGAUGAGCUGGGGGAACAUGGCGAAGAAGGCCCUGAGCUGGUCUGGCCGGGGGUAGAAGUUGACCACGCCGUUGCUGCCAGUCUUGCCCUUAUCUUGUUUGAAGGCAGGGGCGAACAUUUGGAUGCCCUCGACCUCCCCCUUGGUGUUCUCGAUCGCCUUGGCAAAUUCACUAAUCUGACGCACAGAUAUCAGAUAUCAAAAACACCGCCUCACUUUUCGGUCACCGCCACACGACCCAUCCGUUUGUCCACGUGUGUGCAGGUAAUUCGUCGCUUACUCACCGUGAGCUCGAGACUCCCGAGUCCUAGCCCGAGUCCAUAGGCAGGUGAGAGUUUGAUGACGAAAAACCCGCCCUUGAUGUCGACGAGUCUGAUGUGGGCGUACUCACUGCACGCCCCGUAGAUCCAUGUGCAAUAUUGCCGCUUGAUGCCAUGAACCGUCACGCGGCAGUCCAUCUCAGCCUCCUUUCGGCGCCCAGCCAUCAGCUCCGAUCAAAUUUGAUCUGCACGCCAUACACAGCACACAGCACACAGCACACAGCACACGGCACACGGCACACGGCACACGGCACACGGCGACGGUGGUGCGGCCGCAUUCAACACCCUUCCUUGCGCCCUCCCAGCUGACCAAUUGCAGCUGACCUUAUGGGCUAUCACCAGACGACGUCAGCAGGGUCAUCGGCACGCGCCCCUUUAAGAUGAGAAGUGCCCGCCAUGUUCGAUAAUGGCGGCUAUCCAUACACGUGUGCAAUGUGAUGAUUUCC